UACAAUUCGACCACUUUCAGGAGCUCAGGGCUGAAAGCGCAAAAGAAAGCUUGCUUCUUUCGUUUGCAGAAACAAUAUGCAAGGAAACUGUAACUCGUUUCUGAGCCUGUUCACCUCAGAUGAGCAUUUGGUCCACCGCUCACAUGAUCAGAUUUCAACUCUGUGCUAGAUGGAUCCCAAGCAGAUUGUGACGACACUAAGCAAGACACCAAGCGAAGUUCACAAGGAGGCUGGCUUUAUUGCCUGCAUGUGCCCUGAGAGAACCACUGCGUCGGAUAGGGCACUGCAGAGCUGGCGGCGUUGAAUCAAAUUGGCAGAAUGCAGCGGGGCGGCAUCAGGCUAUGCCUGCUCCUCAUCACCGUCAUUGCAGCUUCUUUCAUACUAGAGCUGCCAAAGCAGCUUGCCAUCUUUUCCAGCAAACAUGGUUGCGCAGAUCUGCUCAACAGCUCAAUCACGCCCCUUCCAGGGGAAUACGAGCCACAAUGCAAUGAGACAGUAGAGAAGGUUGUAGAGAGAGUUGUGGAGGUGCCUGUUAUUAGAAUAGUGGAGAAAGAGGUGGAAAAGGUGGUUGAGAAAGAGGUGGAAAAGAUAGUUGAAAAGGAGGUUGAAAAGAUAGUUGAAAAGAUAGUUGAGAAGGAGGUUGAAAAGAUAGUUGAGAAGGAGGUGGAGAAGAUAGUGGAGAAAGUGGUCUACAGCAACCCGCCGGUGAAGGUUUUUGUCUAUGACUUGCCGAGCAAGUUUCACCAGGACUUCUACUCGCAUCCGGAUGCCACAGACACCCCACAUGCCGCGGAGUGGUGGAUCUACCAGGAUAUCAUCCAGGACCCUCUCGCCCGAGACAACUCCGUUUCAGUACGAGUGCAUUCACAUGAGGAGGCUGACGUCUUUCUAGUGCCGUUCCUGGCGUCGCAGUCCUUCAACUGCGACGAUGAAACCCAGUUCAUGCACAAGAACUUUCGAGACGUCUGUGGCAGCUUGUACAAAGUGGAUGAUGCGUUCCAGGUGGAGCUCCGGGAUUGGCUCGAGCAGCAGGAGCCGUGGCAGGCGUCCGGCGGCAUCGACCACGUGAUGCUGGCCGUUCAUCCGAUGGCGCUCAUGAGCAUGCUCAGCUCAUUUACCGCACAAUGUACCAACCUAGUGGUCGACUUCGGCUUCCGCUUUUCGUGGGAGGCGAGUCUGGAGAAGGACGUGGUUGUUCCUUAUUCACACCUGGCGGAACGGCUGCCAGAUGCGCUGGUGGAAACAGCCACCAGCGAAGCUUUUUUCGAGAACGUGGACACGCUGCUUUUCUUUGCGGGGAAUUUGCAGCGAGCGGGAAUGGGUCGAGUAAGAAACGCUCUGCAAGACGUUUUGAAAGACGAACCGGACGUUCGAAUACUGAGCGGGACCAAGGAGAAGUCGCUCGACUCAGCAGCGGUUGACGUCACUACGCAAGCCAUCAGGCGCUCCAAUUUUCUGCCUGGUGUGCAUUGUCCUGCUGGGGACACGCCGUCUUCCGCCCGGCUGUUCGAUGCGAUCGUCAACCUGUGCGUACCAGUGGUCGUCAGCGACGAUCUGGAGGUGCCCUUCGAAGACCAGCUGGACCUCAGCGAUGCGCUCAUCUUCGUGCGUGAAGCGGAUGCCGUCCAGCCGGGCCAUCUGACGGCUCUCCUGAGGGCCGUCUCCAACGAGGACCUACUGCGCAAGAAGAAGGCGCUCGCUCAGGUACGGGGCAGUUUCGAAUACGCCGACGCUUCGACAAGGAACGAUUCAGCACCGGCAAUGAUUUGGAGAGAGGUUGCGGCGCGGCUGCCGAUGAUGCGCCUGGGAAUGGCGAGACGCAACCGCGGGAUGACGCGCCGCGAGGCAGCGACGCACGACCGCCUGGAGCCGGGCCGGCGCUUCGAAGACGGGCGUUGAUCUUCAUCCUGCGAUAGUUGACAACCCCAAUGGCGAGCCUUUUGGCCGCCAUGUGCGGACACAAGUCUUCUUCUAAUCCAAACGUGUAAGAUGUAGUCUUACUUGCUGAAAAAGUAGGGAGACCCAAGGGUUACAGCAUGCGGCUGUACUGCGAUUUUGGCUCUAGGCUGGACGACAUAUGAAUGGUGUCUGGCCACAAAUAGACGGACAAGAUCGGAAGGAUACCCAACCCGGGCUGAUACCCUCCGGCCUAAUUCCGGCUUGUGUCGAAAGUCUUGAUUGUCGAGGACUCUAACACAAGCAGAUCAUGAGUAGACGUUGAAGGCAUGUUGAAGCACCGUUUAGGCGUACUGAGUGUCAUGUUCUGCCAAUCGCGCGCGGCGUUCUCGGUGUCUAUUAUCUCAACCGCCGGAUGCUGAG